AUGUUUCGCCGUCGUUGGUCUGGCCUCCCCAAAGACCCCGAAUUCACUUCAAACCUUGAGGAACUUGGGUUAGUCACUUCUAUCUGUCCAACUUUGGAAGGGGCUAACAUGAGCAGCUAUUUCAUCAACGACGAAGACGAGAUCCGCAAUAUUGAAGAACCGCAAUACUACUUCAAGUAUCACCUCAUACGACAGCUAACCAGAGUAGAGGCAAUUCGCGAUAUCGUUCACGCCCGCCUCGAGAAUGAAGGUAUGACCAAGGUUCUGCUGCCCCUGGGCACUCCGGCCACCUCGCCUCAUGUUCCCAUCUUCGCCAGCGCCAAUCUCGCCUCCGCUUCUCGCGUCAUCAUCAUUCUUGGUGAACCCUCUCAGGACCUUGGCAAUAUGGCUCUCCGCGUCAUCAACGGUCCUGGUGGCAUCAAUAAGGGUAGUAUGGUCUCCAUUGUCCGACAAAUCCGACACCAAGCGUCAUCCGCCAGUGAUCCUUCCCCGCCAGGUAUAAUACUAGCCAACGCUGGUGAACUGUGGUGGUGGCCUGAAGGUGGAAAGGGCUUAAGUCCCGUCUCCGCCAAUGCCGUCCCGAUGAUGAGCAUGGUUCAUCAUGGCCGGGCGCAAAACCCCAAACUUCAUAGCAUCCCCAAGAACGAAAGCCCCCUUGCCCACGCCCGAUAUGUCCUCGAUGAAGUUAUCCCAGCGCUCGUUCCUGUGACUGCUCGACUCGACAUCAUCGGCAUUGGUCUCAGCGCUGAUAACAUAACCAAAGCUCUCGACAACCCCGCUAUCUUUACCACACUUGGCUGCAGAAUCAACACGCUCUCCCUUCUCGGGAGCAGUACCAAUGCAAGCGAGCUCUCUCACGAGCCGUUCAAGGAUUUUCUUCAGCGUCGCGCUAGAUCUUAUAUCGCUGACGAAGCGGCCUCUCUGACGCCCCUGGCAAAACCAGGCGGCAAUCCCAACACCGCCUCUUUCACCCAACAUGGGUGUACCGUCUUCGCCUCGGGAGAGGUGUAUUGUAUCGAGCGUAUGCUGAUAACUAGCGGUGCCCUGUUUCUUGCCUGGCUCGAAGAAGUCGCGAUGGCAGGUCCCGAGUACUGCCACCCAGAAGUUGUCCCCGUGGACCCCCCUGUUCCUACGGCCGAGGAGUGGGCAGCCGCAACAUCGGGCUUCGAUGCUGCCUGGGCCAGAAUGCCCGAAAUCGCGAAGCCCAGUAUCGGCUAUGCCACGUCACGCGAUGUCCAAGAGCAUUGCAAAAUCUUGGAAGACCUGCAGCUGGAUAUGCAAACCCAGGUUGAGGGCCAGCAUGAGACCGAUGACUGA